AUGCCAGAACUUCAAAAACUUGUUCUCUUUGCUGGAGCUGGUAUCGGUGCCUUUGCUCUAUUACUUCUUAUUAUUAGUGUAGCCACACCUGCAUGGCUUGAUGAUGGUAAUGGCAAUACAAUUGGUCUUUUUAGAAGAUGUGUUGGAAAUAAUGGAACAGCGAAUAUCGGACUAGGUUGUCAAGCAGCUAAUCGUGUUACUCAAGGUGGAUUAUCUGUAUUUGGUCUUUUAUUACUUGUAUUUGCUAUUUUUGCAACUAUUGCUGCUGCCUUUACAGGAAAUGCAAUGCUUUUAUUGGUUUCGUUAGGUUUAUUAUAUUUUUCAUCAAUGUUUGUUAUGUCAGCUUAUGCGACAUGGGGAACCUAUUCACGUGAUCCAGCUUCAUAUUUUUUUCCUAAUUCUCCAACAAUAGAUGCACAUACAUCAUUGGGUUAUUCAUACAAUUUAUGUGUUGCUGCACAUUUUUUUCUUUGGACAGCACUUACAUUGGUAGCAUUUGGUGUUGGACAUUUCUGGGGUUCUGAACGAAAUUCGACAGGUUAA